CUGGUGGCAGCUCGCGGGCGAGAACUCCUCCUCCUGAAUUAUCCAAAAUGGGUUGGCUUUCGCCUCCAACAAAUUGGACGGAGCCGCAGAGAGCAGCAGUCCCAAAUCCGACCUAGAGGCAAGUGGGAACUUUUCAAGCAACCAGGGAUCGCUGCUUGAAGAAAUAACCGACCCCCCCUUCCCCUGCACCCCCCUUACAAACCCUUCUUUGGUUUUAAUUUGUGUAUUUCUUUGAUUUUUAUAAGUAUAUUAAUCUCCCCUUUUGGGGGCCAUCAUAGCUUUUCCUCACCUCCCCCUCCUACAAAAAAUAACUCCCGUUUUUCUAGUUCAGGAAGCUGCAAGACAAGUCUCCGCUUCGUGGGUUUUUGCUUCGUCUCUGCUCUGCCCAAUCCCUCCUUUCCCCCUUUUAUUUCUUCUUCUUCACACUUUUUUCUCUCCUUCCUCCCUUUUUUUGGGGUCCGGCGUCGUUUCCCUCCUUGCCCGCCCAGGAAGGCGCCUUCUCCUUGCGCCACGAGGCGGGGGGCAGCCCCGCAAGAGACCCUCCUCCUCCUCCUCCUCCUCCUGCUCGCCGUCCGUCCGUCCCGCCUCGCCUGCCUUCCGGGCCCGGAGCCGCGACGCUGCUUCCCCGCGGGCUGUCUCGCCUCUUCUGCUGCCGCUGCCGCCGCCUCCGCCUCCCGGCGCUUCGGAUGCUCUAGCCCAAGACUCUGGGGCCUGUAUAUGGAAAUAGUGGGGUGUCGAGCCGAAGGAACCGCUUGCCCCUUCCGCUCCCCAGCCAUGCUUUUCCACGGCAUCUCCGGAGGCCACAUCCAAGGCAUCAUGGAGGAGAUGGAGAGGAGGUCCAAGACCGAGUCGCGCCUGGCCAAAGGCGCCCAGAUGAACGGCCGGGAAGCGAAUAUGCCCCCGCUGAGCCCGGAGAAGCCUGCCUUGUGCGCCGGCUGCGGAGGGAAGAUCUCCGACAGAUACUACCUGCUGGCGGUGGACAAGCAGUGGCACCUGCGGUGUCUUAAGUGCUGUGAAUGUAAACUGGCGCUGGAGUCCGAGCUCACCUGCUUCGCCAAGGACGGCAGCAUUUACUGCAAGGAGGAUUAUUACAGAAGGUUCUCCGUGCAGCGCUGUGCCCGCUGCCACCUGGGCAUCUCGGCCUCGGAGAUGGUGAUGCGCGCCCGGGACUCGGUGUACCACCUGAGCUGUUUCACCUGCACCACGUGCAACAAGACGCUGACGACGGGCGACCACUUCGGCAUGAAGGACAACGUGGUCUACUGCCGGGCGCACUUCGAGAGCCUGCUGCAGGGCACCGAUCCUGCCUCCUACCCGCCUCCGCAGCUGAGCUACACCGAGCUGGCGGCCAAGGGAGGAGGCCUGGCGCUGCCUUACUUCAACGGCACCGGCACGGUCCAGAAAGGCCGGCCCAGGAAGAGGAAGAGCCCGGCCUUGGGCGUGGACCUCGUCAGUUACAAUUCAGGUUGCAAUGAGAACGAGGCAGACCACCUGGACAGAGACCAGCAGCCUUAUCCCCCAUCUCAGAAGACCAAGCGCAUGCGCACUUCUUUCAAGCACCACCAGCUCCGCACCAUGAAGUCCUACUUUGCUAUUAACCACAACCCAGAUGCCAAGGACCUCAAGCAGCUUGCCCAGAAGACGGGCCUAACUAAGAGAGUUCUGCAGGGAGAACAAAUCUUGGGGCAUUACAGCCAAACAUCCCGACGUUUGAAAAUUCCCUAAAGUAUUAAAAGAAGGGGAAAGUUUGAUCGGAUAUCCACUGCAGUGAAGACAAAGACAAUAUUAGGUUAUGAUAAACCAUACAUUUAAAAUUUAUUGAGCCAAAAAUAAUUUUUUUAAAAAUAGACUCAAUGUCAUUUCCUGAAUGUUAACACAACAUAUGUUAUUUGACGGUGUCUAACUAAAAACCUGAAGGCUGUGUAUGGCAUCAGAGCAACCUGGCAGUACCACCCAGUCCAAUAUGAGAAGAUUCUUCCUUUUUUAAAAAACAAACAAACACAAUAUUUAAAAAACUCACAAUUGUCAAGCAAAAAUACCUGUAAAAUAAAAUCCAAAAAUUGAAAUUCAUUCAUCUUGCUUGCCAAUGUGUAUUAGUCAUAUAUGUUCAAUGACAUUUUGUAAAUUCAGAGAAGAAAAUUCUCACCAGUUCAAGACAAUAGGGAUCAAGAUUAGUAUUCUGUUUUCUGACUUAAAAAUAAAUAAAAUUAAAGCAAUCUGCAUGCACUUUUUCAUCUGUCACCUAGAGUGUACUUUUUCUGUAUGAUGCAUUUCGCUUUGAUGUUUCUUGUACAGUAGUUUCAUUAAUAAAUAUUUUACUUGAUGCAAACCUAGUUAACACAGACAUAACUGUUGGAAUUAAUUUAAUUUAACAAAAAUGGUGCAACAGUACAUUUCCCUCCCACCAAAGCAAAGGGUGUGGGAACCAUUUUAGAUAGCAAAUGAAGGACGUUGCACAAUGUAAAAUGACUUCCUUGGAAUUUUUCCUGCUUUUCAUUUUCUUCUCCCAUUUUCUUCUUCACAACUGACAUAGAUAUUGAAUAUCCAUCAUGAAUUAUGGGCAUGAUCCAGCCAACUUUCAGCUUGCAUUUCUGCCAUUCAAAUCUAUGGGACUGUAGAAUGAUUAAUUUGGCUGGAUUGUUCUCCAAUGGCUUUUAAAAAAAAAUUGAUAUAGUGGUGUAAUUCUUCCUCCCAAAAUUUGGAACCAGCAAGAUUUUCUAGCAGCCAGAGAGAGUUGUGGAUGAGGAAUACACCCUUGUUCCUUGCCAGUAUUUAAGGUGGCAAUGGCUAAUGGAUUUUUACCCUCCUGCUACAUUAUUUUAUCCAUCAUUUUAGGAAGGCUAACAUAAUACAGUAUAUAACACCAUUAAAGGUGUUAACCUAACGAUCCCUAAUAAGUUUACAUGUUCACUAUGCAAUGAGGAAAUUCACUUCACAAUUUUUAAAAUAAUAAUAAUAGAAGACUUGAUCUGUGCGCCAUCCAACCCAUAGCUGAAUUUCAGCUAUGAAGGUUAAAAUGCUAUUACUACUUCAGAAACAAAGGCCUUGAAAUUGUUCAAAGGCAACCUCUCUUGCAAAAGAUUUUUGGAUAACUAUAUUCCUCUUAAGCUGUACAUCCAAAGCAUAUGUUAAUUUGUUUAACAGGCUUGCCAAAAAAGAAGAAGGAAAAAAUAAUCCCUUUUCAUUCAAAUGAAAUUUUAUUAUAUACAAAUGAAUCCUAUGUAAACAAUGUAACUUUUAUGAAUAUGAACUGACAUUAAAAUAUUUCGCUUA